CCUUCUUAAGAAGAAGGCUCUUGGUUUCAUUUCGUCCCAUAAUCUUCCAAACUUCACCAAAAUAAAUUCUCAAGAAAAAUAAAAACUUUUUUUUUCCUCUUCAUAGUAAUACUUCUCAAGAUCUUAAAGAUUUGAUUAAUAAGAAGAAUCAAAUACGAAGAUCAAAUGUUGCCGGCGCCGGAGACCAGAUUUGCCGGCAGACUUCUUCUCACAGCGGAAUCUCAUCUUUCUCGAGCGGAAGGGUAAAGAGAGAGAGAGAAAUCUGCGGUGGAGACGGCGAAGAAGAGGCGGAGGAGACGACGGAGAGAGUAGUGUGUUCGAGAGUGAGUGAUGAUCAUGAAGAUGAAGAAGGUGUUAGUGCUCGUAAAAAGCUUAGACUCACUAAACAACAAUCUGCUCUUCUUGAAGAUAGCUUCAAACUUCAUAGCACCCUUAAUCCCAAGCAAAAACAAACCCUUGCGAGACAGCUAAAUCUAAGGCCUAGACAAGUUGAAGUAUGGUUUCAAAACAGGAGAGCUAGGACAAAACUAAAGCAAACAGAAGUGGAUUGUGAGUUUUUGAAGAAAUGUUGUGAGACUCUAACGGAUGAGAAUAGAAGGCUUCAAAAGGAGCUUCAAGAUCUUAAGGCUUUAAAACUGGCUCAACCGUUUUACAUGCAUAUGCCGGCGGCAACUUUGACGAUGUGCCCUUCUUGUGAGAGACUUGGCGGUGGUGGAGGUACCGGAGGAGCCGGCGGAGGUACGGCAGCGGUUGAUGGAGAAACGGGGAAAGGAGCUUUCUCCAUCGUCACAAAGCCUCGUUUCUAUAACCCUUUCACUAAUCCUUCUGCAGCUUGUUAGUUACUUAUUAAUUAAUUUUUUUUUUUGGGGGGUUUUUUUUUCUUAAAUCAAAUUACGAAUUAGUUAGAAAGUAAAGUCCCGGGAAAAAAUAUUACGUUGAAAUUGGGGGAAAAGGGGGUAUAUAGUCUUUAUAUUUAAAGACUCUUCAACGAUUCCACUUUAUUUUUCGGUGGGAUUGUUGGUUGAUGAAGAAAAAAAAAUAGUUUGUAAUUAUAAGCUUUAAAUUUGUAGCGGAAAUAGAAGAAGAUAUUAGGACUUACUAAUCCAUCUUCUUUUGUUUGUUUUUCUUUCUUUCCUGCAAAUAUGUAUUAUGGUAGUAUAAUUUUGCCUGUAAAAACAUAAAUAUAUAUAUAUAUAUAUAAGUUUCGUACAA